CCCACUGCUAUCAUCAGCCCAACCGACUUUAUCGACUCUAGUCAAUCAAACGUUCAAUUCUCCACUACUAAACCCACUGCUAUCAUCAGCCCAACCGACUUUAUCGACUCUAGUCAAUCAAACGUUCAAUUCUCCACUACUGAACCCACUGCUAUCAUCAGCCCAACCGACUUUAUCGACUCUAGUCAAUCAAACGUUCAAUUCUCCACUAAUGAACCAACUGCUAUCAUCAACCCAACAGAAUUUACCGACUCUAGUUAGUCAAACGGUUCAAUUCUCCACUACUGAACCCACUGCUAUCAUCAGCCCAACCGACUUUAUCGACUCUAGUCAAUCAAACGUUCAAUUCUCCACUAAUGAACCAACUGCUAUCAUCAACCCAACAGACUUUAUCGACUCUAGUCAAUCAAACGAUUUGGCCUGGCUAGAAGAAAACGUUCGAGGGCAGGAUUAUUUCAAAUGCAUGUCCUCGAUUUCUGCAAAUCCUUUAAGUACUGAUGCAACCAGGACAAUUGGCAAAAAAUGAUCGACAGGUUCGGAUUGGGGGAAAGAAAUUUGGGCAGACUUAUUCCAUCUGUUACCGACAGAUUUACUACUGAGGAUAGGCUGAAAGAGAUGAUUGACUUCUUUGCCAAAUUUCCGGAGGCCGGAGCAGGAGCUGCUGCUCGGAAACAAGCCCUGGUAACUGUUUCCAA